AUGGGAGACAAUAACGACGAAGUUAGUCUCACAGACGUUGUGGUGGCUCAGCCCACCGUAGCCGAGAAGAAUGAACUGAUCGCCCAACUGAUGCAGCAGAUAGAUGAGAUGAGAGUUGAAAUGCAACGGAGGCAGGAUACCCCUCCACCCGGAUGUGGCCCUAAUUUUGUUGGUGCAACACCUCCGAUUUACUUCCCUUCGUCAAACAUGGAUCCAACUCAGAACCAGCCGUCAACACUUGUGGAUAAUCCAACCACCUUCCAAGUUCCCAUUCCUGCCGAGCAUGAGGUGCACGGUUCCGAGUUGGAUCACUACGAGGAACAGGAGAGAGAAUGGAAGGCAAGAGAAGAAGCGAAGAUCGACAUAAAGGAGGAGAUCAAAAGGGCUAUGAAAGAGCUACAGUGCAUCCCAGACGUCGCCGGACUGAGUUUUGCAGAAUUGUGUAUCCUCCCAGAUUUGAACCUUCCCAAAGGGUUCAAAAUUCUGAAGUUUGAUACCUUCGGAGGAGUAGACAACCCCAUGGCCCAUUUGAGAUACUACGACCAGCUCAUGGGAGUUGGCAAGGAUGAGGCUUUAUUGAUGAGGCUUUUCAGCCAGAGUCUGUGCGGGGAGGCCCUCGAGUGGUUUACGUCACACGAAACCAGGCAGUGGCCCAGUUUGAGCACGCUAGCUAAAGACUUCAUUGACCGAUUUGCGUACAAUGUUGAGAUAGUCCCUGAUCGGUAUUCUAUAGAGAAAAUGAAGCAGAAACUGACUGAAAGCUAUGGGGAAUUUGCCUAUAGAUGGAGAAAAGAAGCAGCAAGGGUGAGGCCUCCAAUGACUGAAAAGGAGAUUGUAGAAGUGUUUGUACGGGUUCAAGAGCCCGAAUACUAUGACAGAAUCAUUUUGUUAAUCAGAGCCAAAUUCGCCGAGAUAGUCAAAGUUGGCGAGACUAUCGAAGACGGCCUGAAGUCGGGGAAGAUAGCCCGAGUAUCCGCGUCACCUGGAUCUUCUGGAUUGCUGAGGAAGAAGAGAGAGGAAGUUGCCGCUGUUUCCUAUGGGGAAGAAAAACUCCCAGGAACUCGUCGCUCGAACUACCGAGCACCUUCCCCCACUUUUCAUGUCCAAGCUCCAGCAUAUCAAAAUCCCCUCCCGAAUUGUCAAGCUCCAGUGCCAAAUUACCAGACAAAUCCCUACCCUAGAACCCAAGUUCCUCGCCCAAAUACCCGCAAUUAUCAACAGGUUCCUCCCCUUCAGCAAAGCGGUUAUGAUCCUUCUCGUCCCAGGUUUCAAAAAAGGCCUUCGAGGAACUUUACCAAAUUGGCUGAAAGCCAGACCAAACUAUUCGAAAGACUAUCCGCGGCCGAAUACAUCCACCCUGUGGGGCCCAAGCCCGUGGAUAUCAACUCUAUGUUCUACAAACCGGAGCAAAGAUGUGCUUAUCAUUCCAACAGUGUUGGACAUGACACAGAAAACUGUAUCAAUCAUAAGCACAAGAUCCAGGAUCUGAUCGAUCAGGAGGCUGUUGCCUGGGUGCCCUCAAAAACUCUCGUCAAACCCAAGUUUGUCAUCGAAACUGCCGUGGCCCAAGGCAUGACCAGGUCCGGAAGAUGCUACACUCCUGAUGAGCUUGCUCUAGGAGGACAGAAGAAAGACCAUGCUAAGAGGCCAAUAAGCGAAGCAGAAGAAAAAGAGUUCUGGAGGAGGAUGCAACCGAAAGAUUAUUACAUUGUCAAACACUUGGAGAAGACUCCGGCUUAG